AUGGGUCUCCACCAGAGACACACGCAUGGACGCGUGUUCCACGGUCUCGCCGCCCGCGAGCAGCUGGAAGUGCGCAAGCGUGACAGCCACGGAUCUGAGCCCAAGAUGCAUGUGCCGGAAGGCUUCGAGCUGAAGCAAACUGCGGACGACGGCGGCGAUGGCGGCGACAGUGAAGACCCCAACGCGGUGCAGGUCGUCUACGUGACCCUCUCUCAGACCUUCUCCGGAGCUGCCAUUUACUCCACGAUGACCGACGAGCCGCAGGGCAUUGCAUCGUCCUCCGCUGCACCCAGUGUGCUCAAGGGAGGCGCUGUUGCUGCUACACGAAGCCCAUCAAGUAGCGUGGCACUGGAAACAUCUGUAGCGACAGUCUCGCCAGCUCACAGCAGAUCAGCUGCUACCACAAUGGCAACCGCCACUUCUUCGAGCAAGGGUAGCGACGAUGCAAUGGAGUCGUUUUCAUCCACAGCCGCUGGUAGCCCAGUUCGUGCUACCCAGAGCUCAUCGUCAACCUCGCAGGCCACGACGGAGCAGACCCAAAAUGCUGGAAUGUCUUCCGGUGGCAAGGCUGGCCUUGCAAUUGGCGUCAUACUCUUAAUCGGACUGACCUGCGGCCUCAUCUUCUUCCUCGUUAGGAAGAAGAAGCGGCCUGUGAACGAAGAGGCUUUGAACGAAAAGCACAGCAGCUUUCCUCACGACGCUCCCAUCGGGACUGCAGCCGCUACCGGAGCAUUCGCUGCCCGCCAGAUGCAUCAGCAACAAAACGAUCGCGAGUACUCUCGACGCGAUUCGUCUCAAACCGAUAAAGUCCCUGCCAGCGUACGCUCCACCCGCACUGCAUCUACUGCCCCGCGCCUCAGUCUCCGUCCCAUCACUCAACUCAUGUCUGGAUUUGGUGACAACCGCAAGAGCGGUGGCAAUGCGCUCGAUGCUGCCGCUGCUGCUGGAGGUGGCCUGACUGCAAACUCCGCAUGGGAGCGCCGCCCGACAAACUCUACCAACGACAAUCCCUUCAACGACGCUGCCAACCAGGAUAGUCGCAAUAACAGCGGCCUCGUAGACCCAUUCGACGAGAAGCGAGCUGUCAACGACUCCACUGCUACCUUGAAUCAGCCGAAAACUUCAUGGGAAGCGACCGAGCAGCAGACUCCAGGCUCAGCGACUCUCGGAACUGCUGCCGCCGUUCCUGUUGCUGCUGGAGGCGCUGCCAAUGCGCCACCUCGCGGCCCGAAUAACGUUCACCGUGUUCAGCUGGACUUCAAGCCAAGCAUGGAUGAUGAACUCGAGCUUCGCUCCGGCCAGCUGGUGCGCAUGCUCCACGAGUACGACGAUGGCUGGGCUCUCUGCAUUCGCAUGGACCGCAGCCAGCAGGGUGUCGCACCUCGCACUUGUCUGUCGAAGCUUCCCGUGAAGCCACGCCCACAGGGACCUCCCGGAGCCUCGCCACAGGGCUCGCGCCCCGGCACGGCUCAGAGCAGCCGUGGCCCACCCAACGCCCCGGGAAUGAUGGUUCCACGCCCUCUCACCCCAACUUCCUCGAGCCGCUCUCCAUCUCCCCAAGAUGCUCCCCAGGGCAACUCCGUCUCACCACCCAAUGGCCCAACACGGGUGCAGCGCAAACCUGUCCCUGGUAUUGCCAUGUAA